CACUCGCCGAAAAAGUUUUUGCGUGAGGAAACAACCUGCCGAAUGAAAAUGCUCUGUUCUAAAAGAUGACAGAAGCAGAUGUUAGUGGAUUAGACAUGGACAUGGUGUCCCCACGGACCAACAGGGACACAUUGGAGAGGGAUGUGCCUGCAAAACGCCUUGAGAAUGAUGCUAAACUCAGGGAAAUUUAUAAAUUUGGAAGAAAAUUGGGUCAAGGUAGCUUUGGAGUUGUUUAUGAAGCCACCCACAUUGGGACACAGACAAAGUGGGCUAUAAAGGAGGUGUGCAGACCAGCGGCAGGAAGUUCGAAAGUCGAGAUGCUGGAGCAUGAAAUAGACAUUCUCAAACAAGUGAAUCAUGAUAACAUAAUACAUCUAAAGGAAGUCUACGAGACGCCCAGGAUGAUGUAUUUGGUUACUGAGCUGUGCGAUGGAGGUGAACUGAGGCAUCUGUUGCAACGGAAAAGGUUCUUUACAGAGGACGAGACAAGGCAUAUCAUCUGUAGCUUAGCUGACGCCGUCGCCUACCUUCACAAAAGAAACAUAAUGCACCGGGACUUGAAACUUGAGAACAUUCUUGUGAAAAAAUCUCCAGAUGUUGAUGAUAAUGACAGGAUUAAUAUCAAGGUGACGGAUUUUGGAUUAUCGGCGAAGACAGGUGUAGGGAUUGAGAACAUAAUGAAGGAGGCCUGCGGGACUCUUGGCUAUAUGGCACCUGAAAUGAUGAGCGGCCGUGGUUACAGCCUGUGGUGUGAUGUGUGGAGCAUAGGAGUCGUUAUGUAUAUGUUGCUGUGUGGGGAGCCUCCGUUUGUGUCGAGAAAAAAGGCAAACCUACUUGAUGAGAUUAUGAAAAAAGAAGUCACAUUUAUUCAACCCAUCUGGGCCACAGUCAGUGAUGCAGCAAAAAACAUAUUGACUUGCCUCCUGAAGACGGACCCAGCCUACCGCAUGUCCGCUAAUCAGCUACUAGAGAACCCAUGGAUUACAGGUGACACUAAUGUGCCUGUUAUACAGUCCAAUGCGCUGGAUCUGAUGCGCAACCAACGGGAAGAGGAGAGAACAAACACUCUGGAGGACCUGUCCCUCGCCUUCUCUAAGGACACCCUGAACCUAUCCCUGGUCCCUGGGGCAGCUUUACCAGAAAUAGACAGUAACUGCGGGAACCCUGUUAAACUCAGCCCUGAAAAAGACAGCAGCUUCUGCAGACCCUCCACAUCCACCAAGCGGAUUAAAAACAGUGGGGGCAGCCUCCAGCAUGACAAGCGCAGAAAUGGCACUGAAAUCUCAGGACCACCUCAACCUACCACCAUGCAGUCUCAUGCCGGUGUGAAAGCCACCACACAGCUGAGUGCAAAGCAGCACAGGCCUCAGGAGAAGAAGGACCUCAGUACUGGACAGAAACCAGUCCCUGACCUUAGUAAGGCAGACAACCAGAGAGUAAGGACUGGGCCCCGCAAACCACCAGCUGGCUCUAAGACUAAUAACCAUUCAGAAUAAAACUAAGAGAAUUGAGCCACAUCACAAGAUUAGGAGUGAGAGAGAAUACAAGUGAGUGGGCGAAAGAGAGUGAGCAUACAAGGAAGAAACACUACACUAGAAGUGGACUUCAUUUGAUAUACACUAUGCUUAGUGUAAUUCUGGUUAUUUUAUGUAAUUCUGUGAUUUAGCAACAAAAUGUGAAUGUAACUACUGUGAAUGGUGCAACCUUUAUGGUGAUGACCAAAACGAAGCAGUGAUAGCAGUGUCAAAUGAAAGGGCCUCAUAUGCAGGUGUGAAAAUAGUACAAGAAGUCCAAGCAGCUGAGUGUCCAGCCUCAGCAGGGUCUUGUGCCAAAGGAAAGGCUCCUGGUCUGAGGUGUUCUCCUGGACGGGGCAACAAAUGCUUAUUGUUACACAGCCAACCGUUUGAGCCAAAUACAGACUCACACUUUUUAUAGUGGCCAGUACACACAGAGAUUGAAUGAGUUUGUCAGAUAUUACUGGUGGCAUCUGAUGGAAGGUUUUUAUUAUAAAGCAGCGACCUAGAGUAAGUCGAAUAAAAAGAGCCACCCAGGAGAUUUGAGAACAGCACAGCUCAUUCCUUAAUAAAACUAUUAUUUAGUAAUUUACUUACUGCUAGACGCAUAUCUUCUCAUUAUUAAUGUUAUCUCUUUAUUUGAACACUUGGUGAAUGUAUGCCUUUUCCAUAUAGGAAGUAAUAGUCACUUGAAAAUGAUUUAAUUUGUAAAGAAGUGAAUGUUAAUUUAUUACACUGGGGGAAAAUAAUCAUUAGCUUGGGGUCAGAGAUGUAUUAAUAUGGUCAGUAUAUUUUCUUCAACAAAUGUACAAAUGAAUUCCCUUAAAAUGAGCAUUUGUUAGAAAUGUGUGAUCACAACUCGAAGCUGCUUUUAAAUCAGUCAUUUUUUUGUAAGACGUGCCAAAUAUCGUAAAACACAGAACUGUUUGCAUAUUCAUAUUCAAUAAAAUGACAAAAUAUUUUGUUAUUGUUUUAUAAUUACAUGCUAAAUUACAGAGAAUACUCAUGAAGAGUACAGGAGAUUGUACUGCUUAUCGUUUCACAACACCAAAGUGAGCAAUAGGGAUUUUCUUUUUUCUGGUCUGACCUCUCAAUUCCAAAAAUGCCCUAUAUGCAGUGACUGCACCCACUCAGUGUCAAAACAGAAAAACUGUCACACAGGCUGGUUACGCUCCAUCUGAAUGCAGAGGAUUGGGACUGAGGGCAGCCACGGGUCUAAUCUCAUUUGGAGGCCAUUGAAAGCAGUAGGAGCUACUUUGAGGGCACUGCCAUUCAAACACAGGUUUUUUCCGCUGUAGAGAGAAUAAUCCCCAGCAUAGAUACAACAUUAAAGUAGCCAAGCAUAACACACAGAGGCUGAAUUUCAAAUUCACCCAUUUGCAUCUUGAAGUGAAUGAGUGCCAACAAUGGGGCCCUGUGUUCAUACACAGGCUCUGUGUUUUAGUGCGUAUGUGUAAAUGUAGGGUGUGUUUAUUGGAGCUGUUUUCAAAAGGUAUUUCUGCAUUUCAAAGAAGAGUCUUAAAAGUGUGGACACAGUAUUUAUUACAUUCUGUCCAGGUAAAUAUACUAGUCUUAGGAGAUGUUUCUUAACAUCAUGAAUAGAGAUGCAAAACAGUUUCAUUGUCCUUUAUUAGAUUUGAUUUUAAACAGUUUGUGAGAAUGGACAAAUGACAUAUGAAUUAUCUUUGAUUCAAGCUGCUUGCCAAAAAGACUGCAACAUUACUGCAACAUUAUUGACUUACUGUAUGCCUUCAGUUUAUUCAGACUGGUAUAAACAGCAGAUGGAGCUGUAGUAAGUCGCUGAAUUCAUUUCCUGCAGUUAAUCUGACAGGAGAGUGCUAUCCUUAAAGCUUCCUACCUAGUUUUUGUGCAUGAAGAUGUGUAAUUAGAAUUGAUUGCUUGAGUCACUGCCCAUUAAAACUGCAAUGUCCAUGUAAUGUGUCACUAAUUAAUAUGUUGAAUGGUUAUGCCUUGAUGGUCAACUCAAACAAAAUAAAUGGUGAAGACAUG